CACCUGUGGGGCGUUCUGUGUGCCUAGCACCCUGGAACUUUACACAGGGUGCCUCUCCCCUCUCCCAGCCCCACUCUGCUAGGUACAUUGCCUGGUGGGGGGCUAGAGGAAAUGAAUCUGCUCGUUGGAUGAACACCUCACAGCACUGGCAGCAAACCUGCAGAGACAUGGCAUCAUGGCUCUGGAGAAAGCUUCUCAGCAAGAAGCAGUCGGUGGCGGCUUGCUGUCUCGCGAUGACUCUGUAUGUCAUGGCUGUCACCCGCUUCCCCACCGAUCCUCCAGCCUCUGGCACUGAUAGUGAUUCCAGAAAGCCCCAUGAGGAGUCGGACACUCCUGACCCCUGCAUUGUUCGGGUUCUGAGCGCUAGCCGGAGGCAGCAUAUAAGAAGAAACCUAGGGUCCCGGAGAGGCCGGACUUUGCCUAGAGAUUCCAUCCUGCUUUGUUCCAAGAAGCGAGGGAGAGCAGACACACGCCAACGGUCCCUGGGAGGGGACACCAAGCAUCCAGGGAGAGCCAGGAGAGACCUAGCUUCAGCAGGAGAUCUGAGACUCAGGGUCCACCAUCUUGGGCUCCUGAAGGAGGUCAGAGAGCCAGGCUAUGGUGGCUCCAGCCGGGUGAUGGCCACGGGUGACCUGGUCACCCGUGAUCAGGAAGGAAGUGACCAGCUAGCCCCCCACGUUGGACAGAUCUCUGGGCCUCUUGCAUCGGAAGGCAAGGAGAGAGUCUACACUGUUCGGGGCCCCCAGCAAUGGCCUCCUUCUUUUGGGGACCUCCAGACUUCUGUGUGGUGCGAGGCUGAGAGUUCUGGCCUAUGGGCCAGCCCAGGGCCUGGGGGGGCCCUCCCCCCAUGGUUCAGCCAGGAGGACUCCAACAGGCUCCAGCUCUUGACCCAUGGGGAGCUGGUGGACAAAGCCAGAGUCCCCGCCCAUGGGCAGGUGCUCCAGGUGGGCCUCUGGCUGCCAGGAGCCUAUCAGGAUACACCUCCCCGCGUGCUCAGCCAAUGGUGUUCUUCGGGGCUCUGUGGGCUGAUCAAAAGGCCGGGGGACCUGCUGGAGGUGCUGGCCUUCCACGUGGACCGAGUCCUGGGCCUGCGCCGGAGCCUGCCCGCCGUGGCCCGCCGCUUCCACAGCCCCCUCCUGCCCUACCGCUACACGGACGGCCAGGCCAGGCCGCUCAUCUGGUGGGCGUCCGAUGUCCUGCAUUUGGGUGAUCCGGAUGAAGAUCAGAACUCGCUGGCCUUGGGCUGGCUGCAGUACCAGGCGCUGCUGGCCCACGGCUGCCAUGGGGCAGGCCGGCCCCCCUGCCUGGGCAUUCGCCGGACUGAAUGGGCCCGCCUGGCCCUCUUUGACUUCCUGUUACAGGUUCAUGACCGCCUGGAUCGUUACUGCUGUGGCUUCGAACCUGAGCCAACAGAGCCCUGUGUAGAAGAGAGGCUCCGAGAAAAAUGUCAGAACCCUGCUGAACUGCAGCUGGUCCACAUCCUGGUUCGCAGCAGUGAUCCAUCUCAUCUAGUCUACAUCGACAAUGCCGGCAAUCUCCAACAACCAGAGGACAAGCUGAACUUCCGGCUGCUGGAGGGCAUAGAUGGGUUUCCUGCGUCUGCUGUGAAGGUUCUAGAAUCUGGGUGUCUAGAGAAUCUGCUACUCAAGUCCUUGCGGAUGGAUCCAGUGUUCUGGGAGAGCCAAGGCGGGGCCCCGGGGCUGAAGCAGGUCCUGCAGACCCUGAGUCGGAGGGGCCACAUCUUACUGGCGCACAUCCGGAAGUACAACCUCACUCUCUUCCGGGAUGAGGACCCAUAAGCCCUGCUCAGGGAUGGCCCACCACACGGGUGGACACCCGACACAUCACUCUGAGCCUCCACACACAUUUCUAUGAGGUCCUCCCACGGCUCAUGAGGACCAACAGGAAAAGCCAGGAGCCAUGUGGGUUCCAUCUUGGUUGGCUGUUAACUCCGGGGCACCAAGAACUCUCUUCAAGAAUGUUCUGUGAACUUCUCCAUGCAGUGGUGCAUUAUACAGGCAUAUAUGGACAUGUGAACUCCAGGCUGGAUGAUUGUAUGUGUGAGUGUGUAUGUGAAUGGUGGUUCAGAACGUCCCUGCCUUGGCUCUGAGAAAUUCAAUACUGAAGCAUCUGUCUUUGUAGGCUGAAAGCAUUCUGUUUGUAGCCAGGCUUGGUAGUGCAUUUCCAUAAUCCCAGCUACUUUGGGAGACAGAGAUGGAUGGGAAGGUCACAAGUCGGGCAAAAAUCACAGCCUUGGCAAAAAUGAGGAAGACCAGAUCUCAAAAAAAUCAAGUCAGAACCAAGUGCCAGUGGCUCAGGCCUGUCAUCCUAGCUACUCAGGAGGCUGAGAUCUGAGGAUCGCGGUUCGAGACCAGAUGGCGCAAGAAACCAUCUGUGAGAAUCUUUUCUCCAAUGAACCACCAGAAAACCGGAAGUGGUGCUGUGGCUCAAGGGGUAGAGC